UUGUUCAGAAUGCAAUACUUGUACUAUUAACAUGCUAACAAAUGGAUCUGAGGUGUGUUCAUUAGAAGAAUUGGGAUUCAAGAGUUUGACAACCCAUCACCAAUAGAAAAGCCCAUGAUCCUUUGUAAGUGCCCACCAAGGCAUGACCCAGGGGGGCAGAGUUUGCCCCCUUGAGUUGAAUCUCGUCCAUUGAUAGACAAUAGGUAUAGGGAGAGCUAGAAGGAAUAGAGGGUUAAUAGAAUAAUAGGCCGUUAAACUCUGUACAUAACAUGGGAAGGGGUACCGGUCUUUGCCUGUGGCGUGGUACGUAUGAGCAGGGAAUGUAGUGAGGCGACUGUAUUAGGUCACGAGAGUUGAAACCUAAGAGCAUGAAAACCCUAGACAUGCUUAGUUUUUUGGAAGAAGUGGCAUCAGGUGGCUUGGAGAAUGCAGACUUGACAUUGAUAUGUCUGCAAGGCCUGUGAGGAACAAACUUUGCUGCUGUUUUUGGAUUACUGUACAUCUUUGCUUUGGUAUCGUAGCACACAGAAGUCAUUCACCAUCUGGCGCUGGUUGAUUGAAUAUGAUCAAACGAUUGUUCUGCUUCUUAAGCUCAUUCUUAUCGCACAUAAUCCUAUCUUCACGCAUUGAUAGCAAACAGCAGACAAAUUUGCUGAAGCAUACAGGAUCUACAUGGGUCAUCGGCUCAUCGCAUGUGAAGUUGUGUAUAAUUCAUGAAAGAAGACAGCGAAUGACUUGUACAUGUUCAAUGUACCGACAUGUUCUUCCCUUUAAUAGUGUGCAAUAUGUCACAUUUUAUUUGACGAAAUUGACAUCUUGCUGCCUUUUCAUGAUUGGAGUCAAGUUUGUUGAUGUAUUUCUACAAAUAAAGCAUCGAUUGACUUUCUGCUUGCCUUCAUGUUAUGAUAGUGCAAUAUUCAUAUCCCUGCAAGUGCAAUAUAGCAUUGAUCACUGGAAUGACUUGACAGCAUACAACUUCUACCGCCUUGAAGCAUAGUUGGACAAUUUUUUUCGAGACAAAGUUGUGGCUGGGAUGAAGUGACCCACAAUUAGCAUCAUCAUCAUUCAAAAUUCUUUGAUCAGAGAUUAUCUUUGCUAGUGUACUUUUCACCUUAGAAUUCAAAACCAAACACUUUAACUUUGUACACCUUGAUCUCGAUGUACUGCGGGACCAAUUGGUGUAAAUGCAGCCAGUGUACACAUGCAUGUGCUAUGGUUGAGAACUUCCUCGAAGAAAUUGACCAUGUUAUUGGUGAGGUGAGCUGGGUCAACUUUUCAGCCUGUCUUUGACUUUGUAGAUAUUCAUAAAGUAAGAAAUGACUUUCAUCAUGAAGAUGCCAUACACUGUAGGUAGUACUGUCAGGAGUGAACCUACAAUGUUUGAUUGCUAAACAUAUUUUAAUCAUAAAAACCUGGCAUUUUACUACAAACAUGCACCAUGAUCAGUCAGGGCAAAUUACAAUCCUAACACCUCGAACUUUGAUUGCCAACAUGACAGGAGCGUCAAACGCUGUGUCCAGACAGCACUGAGAUUGUUGUCGGUACUCUGCAUCCAUGGUCUUAUCAACCGUGUUUACCUGUUGGGUAAUACUGUUUGAACUUGGCGAGUAGUACCCUCCUGACCCUGUAUCAUGUUUCGUAUGACCUAUCGUCACCGGGAUACCCUCAGCGCGGGUAACUCGCCCCACAAGGUAUACUACACCAUGGAGGGAGGCCGUCGGGUGGUUACUGGUAUGCCAGCUCUAACCAUUGGCUCUAGUAACUCCACAAAUUUCUCCAACCAAGAUGGAGUGCAAGGCAACUCACCGGUGGUCAGCUCUAGCGGUCAGAGCUCGGACCUCGGCCGUCAGAUGUCCAGCGAGGAUCUCAAGCAUUUUGAGAGGAAGCUUGAGAGGGAACGAGAGAAGAGGAUCAACACCGAGCAGCCCCCGCCUCCUAGGUUAGAUUCAAGAGUAGCCCUGAGGUAUAGAAGAGAAAGCCUUCUGUCUUAUUACCCAGAAAAAUUUAACAAUGAAGUGGUUAGUGAAAGUGGACCACAAUUCGAUCUGAAUAACCUCAGGAGGAAUGGGUUCCGCCCCACGUCGAAGAACUCCUUCAUGAGAGACCAACCCAACGUUCAUCUCACUGCCUACCGCCACGGCCACGCCCCACCUCCCGUUGAUCCCAUGGCUUCGUUAUCCAUCACAAACUCGGGGCCCCCCGCAUCGAUGUCCACCUCCGGGGUUCCAGGGGCGCUACGGGGUCAGAGCAUCGGGUUCGGGUAUAGGGAAAGCAGCGGAGGAGGGCUCAAUGGAAGCACCAUGGGAAGUCAGGGAAGAACGAGCAACAUGAAGACGAGAACAAGGGCAUCUUUCUUGGCAGGGCAGAGUGAUAGAUACAAACAGAGCCAGUACCAGUUUCAUGAUCCUGUAGCGGGGGCCACCCCUGACUUUACCCAAAGACUUGCAGAGCUUACCUCACUUGAAAGUGAUACAAUACGAUACGAAAGGACUAAGAAGGCCAAGAAAAAAGCCAAACAAGACUCGGGGUGAGAAUACUUUGUGAUUGCAUCAGCCAACGUUUAAAGAAAAUGGACUUCGGAGGUUGUUAGAUAAUGGUGGCUUUGCAAAAUCUCUGGUCCAAGCUAGGAAGUGAAGUCAAGUUUAACAGACUGCGACACUCAUAUGAGCAAACGGUGAGGUUGGAAAGAUUGAAACGCAGCAGAGAUCGUAGAACUUUUGGGAUUUCUUCCCUCAGGAUAGUUAUCAGAGUGCGCAAUUGAGCUGUGACCAAUGUACUGAAAGAGAGAUUGUCAGGGAUAUUGGUCAUAUGAACAACCACUGUAGCUGAUCCAGGAAUUGAUUGUGGAUUGGAAAGAGCAUUUACAGAAGUGAUUUUUGUAUUGGAAUGUACAUCUUCUUCAACUCUAAUGAGAAUUGAUUUCUGCAGAUAAAGAGGCAGUCUAAUGUUGAAUUGAUCUGUUAAAAAUGUUGAGUGUCCCCUCUGUCCUAACAUUAUACUGAAUUGCUGAAUAUUUAGUUACGAGACUUCACCAACGUUAUGAGUUGGUUUCAUAGAGAUUUACAUUCAUGGUGACUUUACUAUGAUGUUAAAUACCAUGAUACCUUGAUUCUGAUUGGCUGUUGAGCCCUGUUUACAGGCUCUAUAUCUGUAAUUAUACCAGUAAUUAAUGAUAGUCACUGAAUGAAUUGGUUGAUUAAAAUUCAGAUCCAGUUAAAACAUUAAAUUGAAAAUUGAUCUGGAACUGAUAGGGUAUUGUCAAACUUUCCAUGUAGAGUCUGCAUGUAGAUAUCAAUGUGCAAGGAAAUAUAACGUUACACUCGGGAGUUCUGGAUAAUUUUGGUCUAUUUGUUAUAAUGGCACAAAUUGUAAAUGGUCAUUUUAACCAAUGCAAAAUGCAAGGACAAAUUAUUAUCUAACAAGGAUUCAUACAUAAUUUGGUCUAGGGUAUUGAAAGAGUUUUUUCUGUUACCCAGGAAUGUAUCUGUACAUGUAUUACUGUUAGAUGUGUUUCUUAUACAUUUUCAGCAAUAUUUACCAUUAUAUCCUACAUGGGUUAAAUCCUGUAUUUGUUCAAAUAGCAACACGUGGCCAAAGAUAUUCUAGCAAUGCUGAUGAAACAAAACACCAAAUAAAGAAAAUUUACUAUUCUGUAAUGUCACAGAUCAUGCAAUCUCUCGAACGCGCCGGUCAGAAUUUGUUACUCAAAGCUUGUUGGUUUAUUUAUAUACUGUCCUGUUUUGCACGUAAAUAUUACAAUUUGGCCUGAGCAACACCCCUUUUUUUCAUUCCAGAUACACUUUUUGCCAAAUACCCCUAUUUUUUGCAAUUUGAAAAGUAUGUUUACUUUAAAAAUGUCAAAAACAGAUAUUUGCAAACUAAGAGCUUGGAAAACACCCACCCUUUUCCCUUUUGAGUACAUGUCAAUAAAGGUCUUUUUUUAUUUUGAGUACAUGCUCUUAAAUACUACCCUUUCCAGUUUUGAGUAUAUCAAUACUGAAACAUAUAUAUUUGAAUCUGCACUUUAAGCUAAAAUGUAUAAAAAGUUAAUUUUGAAUAUAAGCUUUUGAGAACAAACCAUCAAAUUUUGCUAACAUCUUCAUAUUCAUGAAUAUGCCACAAUGUACAUUGUAGGAGGGGUGGAUUGUCUCAAGUGACCUUUUACUGCAAAUGUAAUGUCCAAACUCGUCUGUUGACAAGGCUUUUUAUAAAAAAAAUAAACAUCCAGUCACACGUUGUUGUGUCAGUGUAAGAAUGCCCUGAGCCAAACAUUUUUGCUCACCUCAGCGGUGCAGAAACGCCCCAAUUUGUGCAU